AUGGAUGCCUUCGUUAUUGCCUAUGCAAACAACUCUCCUGCCGUCCUUUCCGGCGAUAUCGCCGAUACUCUUCUCAUUCCGUCUCAUCGCCUUGUUGAGAGACGACGUGACGAUGAUGCUUCUGACUGUAAUGAUGCUUCUGAAUCCGCUUCCUUUGAGGGUCACCGGAAGCACCGAAUGCCUUCGUGCGUCGGGCAACUUUGA